AUGGCUAUGGCCAUGGCAAGGACUCAGCUGCAGCUGAGACGCCCUGGGGCGACCGGAGCGAGCAAGACGGUGGCAUUGCCGAUCCCUGCGCUCGCUACUGCUGCCCUUCGACCAUGCAUCCAUGCUGCACCCAUCAUGCACCGCCAUGCACCACCCUGCCGCACCAAAGGCCGCACGCAUCCAGUUCGCCGGCGUUGGCCAGUGGCAGCUUGUCCUCGCCCUCCCGCUCGACGGUACCAGAAUAGCAACCUACCCAACCCUGCCAAGAUGGCGCUGCUCGAUGGUGUGCGCCAGGGCCAGAGGCGAACGCUUCUCGUUCGUGCAGUUGCAUGGCACGAGCUUCAGCCCUCCAUCAGCGACCUGUCGCUAGGCAAAUCGGACUGCCUCACAGCUGGCGCCAAGUACUGUUCAUCGUCGCCUCCCGGCAAAAAAACGCUGCCUGCCUGCCUUUGGCGAGAUGGCUGCACGUCGGGACUCGGCGGGGUGCAAACUGCAAAGCAAAGUCCACCACCACCGCCGCCGCCUCCUCCCCCAGCUCCCUCGUCGGACACAGACCAGCUGCAGCUUCUUCACAGACCAGUCCCGACUUCUUUUUUUGUCAAGACCACGUCCGGCCACCCUCGAACGUAG